GGAGAUAAGGUGCCAGCCUGGAUGAGAUUGAGAUUGUACGCAGUAGCUAACAUUUUUAAUUUUCGAAUACGUGCUGUCCGUAGAUACAGAUCCUCACACCAAAACAAUAUUCUCAAGUUUUGUCUCUGUGCUUUUGAGCGGCAUAGAAACUUAUAAAGCCAGCCAACACCGAAAUAUCCAUUCAGCAAUAAGAAGAAAGCGCACAAUCUCAACGUCAAUCAGUCAUCCAUCCACCCCACCCAUACAAACGAACCGCUUUCGCAUCGUCAGCAUGGAGCAACGAAAGGAGGAUAUAACUAGAAGACCAUUAUAUGUCUAUGACCUUCCACAAGAUAUUCUAGCAACACUCGCGCGCAAAGACGAUUCCAAUGACUCCAAUGACGACACCUACCAAGCAGAUGCCAAUCCACCUACAGACACGAUCGAGCGAGUUACACAAACUAAACCCGGAGAUGUGGGAUCAAAGUCCUGUUCGUUGUGCGGUGUAAACUUUUAUACCGUGGAGGACCAAAAGAGUCAUGUACGAUCGGAUUUCCAUAACUAUAAUUUAAAGCAAAAGAUUCGAGGGGCAAAAGCUGUUACGGAAAUUGAGUUCGAGAAGUUGGUAGGAGACCUCGACGAAAGUCUUUCAGGGUCUGAUUCAUCAGAUACGGAGGAAGAUGAAGAAGACGGGGGGCGCAAAGAAACGACACUGAGCUCAUUGCUCAAGAAGCAAGCUGUUAUAGCAUCAACGAGCAAUGAAUUUGACGACAAUCCCGGGUUAAGGAAAAGGACGAGAGGCUCUGGAAAGGCUCCAAUGAUAUGGUUUACAACACCUACGAUGCCCAAGAACACUUACCUUGGGAUAUACCGGGCGAUUUUUACAAAUGAAGAGCUAGAAAAGGAAAUCCCAAUGCAUGAAAUUGUUCAGCGAAAGCAACUCUCUCCGAAACCUCAGAUCAAAGUGCCAGUCAAUAGUGAAGGUGUUCCGUUACCAGAAUCCUACAAAGGUCCUCAUAUCUUCAUGUGUAUGAUAGGAGGUGGUCAUUUUGCUGCCAUGGUCGUAUCUCUUGCUCCUAAACAAGUCAAGAACCCACAGGCUACAACUGGUCCAUUGACUAAAGAAGCAGUGGUACUCGCUCACAAAACCUUUCAUCGAUACACUACCCGUCGCAAACAAGGAGGAGCACAGUCUGCCAAUGAUUCCGCAAAAGGAGCCGCUCAUAGUGCUGGAUCUAGUCUCCGUCGUUACAACGAACAAGCUCUACAAGAUGAAGUACGACAACUUCUCACUUCAUGGAAAGGCAUGAUAGACACUUCUGAAUUGCUGUUCAUUCGUGCCACUGGUACCACUAAUCGGCGUACUCUAUUUGGACCAUAUGAUGACCAAGUAUUAAAACAAAAUGAUCCUCGGAUUCGUGGAUUCCCAUUUAGCACGAAAAGAGCCACGCAAAACGAACUUAUGCGCUCCUUCGUCGAACUCACGCGUGUCAAAAUUCUUGAAGUAGACGAAGAAGCCCUCGCGGCUAAACGUGCAGCCAUUAUUUCGGCACAACAAUCCCUCGCCGCCAAAAAAGAAGCAGCAGCAGCAUCAAAACCUCAACCCAAGAAACUAACCGAAGAAGAAGAAACAGCACUUCUACAUACAUCACAAUUGCAAUCCCUAAUCCGUCGUUCAAAGCUUCCCGCUCUAUUAUCUUACCUCCAAACAAACUCCGUAUCUCCAAACUUCCAAUUUCAACCCGAAGAACAAAAUUAUCAUGCUCCUACCCCCUUACAUUUAGCCGCAAGCUUGAAUUCAAAAUUGUUAGUUGAGGGGCUACUACUAAAAGGAAAUGCGAAUCCGACAAUUAAAAAUGGAGAUGGGAAAACGGCUUUCGAAUUAUGCGGGGAGAGAAGUACGAGGGAUGCUUUCCGAGUUUGUAGAUACGAAUUACCUUCUCCUAAAGGAUAUAAUUGGGAAAACUCAAACGUUCCUUCAGGGCUGAGUAGAGUAGAAGCGGGAAAAAGAGACGCGAGGGAAAAGGAAGAGGAAAAUAAGAAGAAAAUGGAAGAAAAGAGGUUAGACGAUGAGAGGUUAGCGAAAGAGGAGGAGGAGAGGGAGAGAGAGAGAAAUCUUAAAGGAGGAGGAAAAUUUAGUAGUAGAGGCGGAAAGGGAAAGAUUGUAGGGGCGGGCGUACAGGCUAGUGGACAGGAGAAGAGAGAACAGGAAAUGAGAGAUAUGACGCCGGAAAUGAAGAUGAGGGUUGAGAGAGAGAGGAGGGCAAGAGCUGCGGAGGAAAGAAUGAAGAGGUUGGGGUAGGCUUUGUUUAGUUGUUGGCUAUAUAGGUAGAGGUUAGAUAUUUAUUUUGAUGUUUGAUGUGGAUGGAUGGAUGGAUGGAUGGAGAUAGAUAGCUAGGUAGAUAGAAGUCGUAAUCUAUAUCUACAUCUCUCACCUAAACGGCCUCGUCUAGCCUUCUUCCUCCCUUCCUUUUUCUUUUUCUUUCUCCUCCUUUGUAAUCUCAUAUCAAAUUUUAAUUAUAUUCAUUAAUCUUUUUCUUCUCCUUGGUUAUUUACUUACUUACUUACCCAUUCAUUUACUCACAUUCUACCCAUCACUCCCCUACCAUCCAUCCCAUCAUUCUACCAUCCCACCCCUCGAGAAACUAUCUAACUACACUAUUUAUCAACUAAACAAGCACACA